AUGCUUGUCAAGCACUUCAACUCGCGGAUUACCUGGGAAUUGACGCAAGCCGGUCACAUCCGAUCAUUCUUGGCAAUUGGUCAAAACUCCUUGCAUGUGGCGGCCAACAAGUUAUCCCCUGGGAGUUUUAUGCCAGGGGCCUUUGCCUCGUGCGAUCUUUUCAUUGACCUUCUCAUCGAUCCAACAACUAGGAAGGCAACGACUUUGAAACAUCCGUAUCCUCCUCGAGAGCUCUUCACAGUCACCGAGGUACGCACGGCAACAUGCCAAGAACAGCCUUUGACCGCACAGCCCCAUCCUCGCGGGAGCAGAGACAUAGCAGUCAUCCGGAUACAGAAGGAUAUGUUCGAAGCCGAAACGGUUGAUACUAGUUCGAUUCAAAGCUUGAUGACCGCAUGGACAACCGACGGAAUUACAUCGGUUUCGGGGCUAUGCUGCAAGACCUGCCAGUCAGUUAAGAAAGCCGAUCCUCACAACAUCAUCGAGAAAUCUCGCUUAUCUGUCGAUAAUGGGGGCCCACCCCAACACUUGUACAUGUUGGUACAUGCGGCCUUGAUCAUUGACGAAUCGGCGCAGCAAUUGUUCAUGGCAAGUUUGGAUUUUCCUUUCCAGUUGGAUUUCCACGGGGUUGGCUACACCCUUUUCUCUCGUGGGUUCUGGAACGGCACCCAUUACUGGACCAAGAUGCUCAAGAACAUCGGAGGGAUAUCAGGCAUAUGGAUGCACGAUGAUCGAGCAAAUGGGGGUAUCGCUCGGCUGGAGAAAUUUGUAGCCGAGAGCAUCGCCAACAUCCGCCGUGACAACAAAGAUGCGCAAGGACUGGUUCCAAGAUACGCCGACAAUGGAAGAGCCGACAAUGGAAGAGACGCCAACAACCGCUCUAAUCUUGAGAGUGCUCCGGGUCAAACGCCAAAAUCCAUCUCAGGCGAUCUCAAACGAAAGCCGUCCGGGGAGUUCAAGGUUCGUUUGAAAAUCAUGAAGCCCCCGGAAACAAGCCCUGCGGCCAAAAUUGAAGAUAAAGAAGCACCAGUCCCACCAACAAGCAAGGAACCUAUGCCGCCAAAGAAGAAGAAGGACGGCAUUCCAAAAUCAAAGGUAGUCAAGCCGUUCCGGGCCGGAAGCCGAGCAAGCACCCGCAAAGCAGCUUUGCAGGGUUGA